CUUGUAAACUUUCGGUACUCAAUGCAGUAAAUCUUAAUUUUGGUUUGAUGUAAUUAUUUUAUUAAAUAGAUAUAUAAAUGAUUGGGUGUGAAUUUUUGUAUUUCGUUUAACAGUUAAAUUGAAUGACUAAAUACAUUUAAAUCUCUUAUAUUCGCAGUUUACUUUGUCUUUGGUUUCAAAAUUUAUUUCUGCAAAGAAGUUUGUCAGUCAUGCCUGAUAUGCAAGAUCUCCUGUUUCAGCUGCGAUUUAGCAGCAAACAAUUAGAAAGACUGUCCAAAAGAGCUGAAAAGGAUGAAAAAUUGCAGAGAAAUAAAAUUAAAAAGGCAAUUCAGCAAGGAAAUAUGGAAGGUGCAAAAAUUUAUGCUGAAAAUGCUAUUCGUAAAAAAAAUGAAGCUUUGAAUUAUCUGCGAAUGUCCUCUAAAAUUGAUGCAGUCUCAUCUAAAGUUCAAAGUGCUUUAACAAUGAAAGGGGUGACUAAAAAUAUGGGUUCUGUUGUUAAAGCUUUAGAUAAAGCAAUCAAUUCCAUGGAUCUUCAAAAGGUGUCUGCUGUGAUGGAGCAGUUUGAACAGCAGUUUGAAGAUCUUGAUGUCCGUACAUCUGUGGUUGAAGAUGCUAUGGGUAGUGCAACUACAACUUCUACUCCAUUGGCGCAGGUUGAUAGUCUUAUUCAACAAGUUGCAGAAGAAAAUGGCUUAGAUAUAAUGGAUCAGUUGGCUGCUGCAAAAUCAGUUCCAACUGAAGGAUUAUCCACUGCUUCAGCUGAUAGGUCACGUUCUGAAGAGGAUGCAUUAUCACGAAGGCUUGCUGCAUUGAGGAAUUGAUAUUUUUCAUGGCAUUUUCUUUGUCGCUGUUUACAACUUAGACUGGUGGAGCUGUACAAUUGUGUACAUAUUAUUUUUAUGCUGCGAGGAAAAAUUAUACUAUGUUCUUAUGUUGUGAUACUUGCAAAUUUUACUUGUUGAUUUUGUGAUCCUGCAUUAUUUUAAUAAAUACUGAUUUGAAAUACACA